CUCCCCGUUGGGUGGCGAGGGGGGUGGGGCAAGGGCAGAGUGCAGAAAAAGGGCUCCCGGCACCCGAAAGCAAGCGGCUGGCUGCCCGCAGAGCCCGCAGCCCACGGGGAGGUGCAGGGAACCUGCAGGGAUCCUCACUGCCCCGAGGGCCUCGAGCCGAAGGGAGUGAGGCGGGCGGCGCGGACUCCCCGGAGCCCAGCUCCGGGUGGGACGAAGUGUUUUUGCGGUGUUUUCCGAGCUGCGUUGGACAGCCUGGGACUCGGAUAGCUACCUACCGCGCUCGGAUCUCCUGGGGACCUCUCCCAGAGGGCGCGCCGAAGACAUGGAGGGCGCAGACCUGGCGAUGAAACUCCUGUCCACCUGGCUGACGCUGGUGAUCGGCCUCAUCCUGUUGCCCUCGGCCUUCGGAUUGUCUAUAGGCAUCUCGGAGAUCUACAUGAAGAUCCUGGUGAAAACCUUGGAGUGGGCCACAUUACGAAUUGAAAAAGGAGCCCCAAAGGAGUCAGUUCUUAAAAACUCAGCUUCUGUGGGUAUUAUCCAAAGAGAUGAGUCACCCAUGGAAAAAGGGCUCUCUGGUCUUCGAGGAAGGGACUUCGAGCUCUCUGAUGUGUUUUAUUUCUCCAAGAAGGGCUUGGAAGCCAUUGUGGAAGAUGAAGUGACCCAGAGGUUCUCCUCCGAGGAGCUCGUAUCAUGGAACCUCCUCACAAGAACCAAUGUCAACUUUCAGUACAUCAGUCCGAAGCUCACGAUGGUGUGGGUGCUGGGUGUCCUAAUACGCUAUUGCUUUCUGCUCCCUCUGAGGGUUACUCUGGCUUUCAUUGGGAUCAGUUUGCUGAUCAUAGGAACUACACUGGUUGGACAGCUCCCGGACAGCAGCCUCAAAAGCUGGCUGAGUGAACUGGUGCAUCUGACCUGCUGUAGGAUCUGUGUUCGGUCCCUGUCCGGCACCAUUCACUAUCAUAACAAGCAGUACAGACCCCAGAAGGGAGGCAUUUGUGUUGCCAACCAUACGUCUCCCAUCGAUGUCUUAAUCUUGACAACGGAUGGCUGUUAUGCCAUGGUAAGAUAUAACCCUCAGUUUGGUGACGCAUUCUGGAACAGUAGUAAAUACAACAUGGUGAGCUACUUGCUUCGAAUAAUGACCAGCUGGGCCAUCGUCUGCGAUGUGUGGUACAUGCCUCCCAUGACCAGAGAGGAAGGAGAGGACGCGGUGCAGUUUGCGAACAGGGUUAAAUCGGCCAUCGCUGUCCAAGGGGGGCUGACUGAACUUCCCUGGGACGGAGGACUGAAGAGGGCAAAGGUGAAAGAUACCUUCAAGGAAGAACAGCAGAAGAAUUACAGCAAGAUGAUUGUGGGCAAUGGCUCUCCCAACCUGGAGCUGGACUGAGGCGCCGUGGAUGAACUGGCUUCCCAGAGCUGGCCUUCAGACGGGAAAUUUUAUAACAUCGUUUGUUGUACUGUUUUUUGCUUGUUUAUUGUUAAUCUUUUCUACUGGCUGAUUGUCUCUACCUCUUCACACCAGAGGCAGAACCCACAGGUGCGGGGGUUGGGGGGGCGCCCCCUUUUGACAUUUUUGUUAUAGUGUUGGUUCAAUGAAUUGUCAGGCGGAUUCUUGAGUGGAAGCAGAUUCUGCCUUUUGUAAAAUGGCGUGUCAUUGAUGAUUGAAUGAAUCUUUGUCCGCAAACCAGUGCUUCUAGAGCGUGUUUGGAGCUUGUUAAUAAGGUAAUUCUCAAAAACAGCUCCACACUCUGUAAUUUGAUUCCCUCUCCCUUUCAUUUCAUUUUUAUUUUUAUUUUAUUUUUUUGAGAUAGGGUCGUAUUUAUGUAGCCUAGGCUGGCUUCAAACUCACCCAGGACUGGCUGGGAACUCUUCACUGUUCCCGGAUCCACUGCCCAAGUGCUAGGAUUCCAGGCAGGUGCCGCCACCCCUACCCGUUGGCGUCAGUGCUGUAAGUGCUGGGAUCACACCACAGCACCUUCCCAUGAUGGCCACAACUAUGGCUGCAUUCUGCUCUAAGGCUGAAGGAAAAAUGGAGGGUCAUUUUUAGGGGAAAGGACAAAUUUGUGGUCAUCUGAUCUGAAAGGAAUGGAAUGGAAAUGAUUUUUUCCUCGAGUGUUACGAGAGAGAUGUUGAUUGGUUAGACUCGAUUAAGAACCGUGUAGGAGUGGUGUUUGUUCCCACAAUGUGGUUCAUCCAGCCACAGUGGGAAAAGCACCGUUAGUUUUUCUUGUUUGUAUGCUAGAGAUCUCCUUUGUCUUUUUUUUUUUUUUUGUAGCAAAACAUGUUUUUCAAAGGGAAGAAGCCUUUAAAGAAACAAUCACACUAUCUUCAGUAUGAAGAAGCUUGCCUCCCGCCCCACCCACCUCACUGUAGUGAUUUAGUCCCAAGCGUUCCCAGCCUUUUAAGCAGAAAACUAAGUGGUUUAAUUACCUUUUGGAAACUGAGCCUUAACCUUUUUAAAGGGAAAACUAGCAUUCUCCGAGUCCAAUAGCAUGAGCAAUAUUUGAUAGCAAUAUAUCACGCUGUGAGCUCUCGAGGCUGUUAGCUCAGGAGUAAAACCCUGUACAGGAAGUGAACUGUCUUACUGACUAUGAAUAAAUUUUAUAUUUUUAAAUAA